AAAAUGCAGUGAAAUGAGAUCUGACCCUGUUUGACCCGAUGCAUUUACCCACAUUAUUCUAUGGCCAUGCCUAACAAAUACAUUUGAUUUCAUCUGGGGAAAUUAAAGUGCACUACUUAAAGAAAGCGAAUAUGGUGAAAGACUGUAAAGAUGGAGGUUCACAGGCCAUGGACUUUGAUUGUGUAAAUGUGCUCUUAAAGGUAAACUGGUUGAAAUCCUUUCUAGCUCUAAACAAACAGAGGUUUGUUUAGAAAAAUGGAUGCAUAGAUUUUGUUCUUAGAUGAGACUUCCUGUCACUUAUCUGCCUUUAACCAGCAGGUUUUGUUGUGUUGGAAACUUAUGAACAUGAAUAAUUUUACUCCUCUCCAAACUCCAUCUGGAGCAACAGAGACGAGCUGCAGGAAUGAUUCUGUUCGGAUCGAAGGAUGGAAAAAGGUUCCUGUCCAUUAGACAUUUUCUAAACGAUAAUGGAGAUUGGUUGAGGAACUUUGCUUCUAAUCUGGACCGCCCGCACUCAGUUUAACAGUGAUGACCUCUGACCCCCUGCAGUCAAACAUCUGGUUCAGAGGUCAAUAAGUGGAGAACUGCUGACCUUAAAUAUCCUCUGGGUCCUAAAGAAGUUCAAUUUAAAAUCCUCAGUUACGUUUUUCCAUCCAGCGAACUUUCACCACAAAGAUUCAACUUUGACCCCAACAACUGGACUUUUUGAAGCAACAGACCAACUGGAACAUUUUGGGGAAACUUUCAGCUGAACUCUUCCUCCUUCACCUCUUGAAAAAAAUAUUUGGACCAAAAGAACCGACCCGGUACUGAACCAGAACCACCUGCUGAUCCUGCAAAUGUGGAAAUGGGAAAACUUUAAAACCCUCCAGAGCCUUAAACCUGAUGGAGAACAAGCAUCUGGAUCUAUUUCAGAGCCAGUUCUUCUGUCUUUUUGUUUGUUUUUCUUUCCUCUGUUUAAUUGAAUUUAUUUAUAUUUGUAACUAUUUGUUCUUAUUCUUUCAGCCUGGAAGAUUUGACUUGUUCUUGUACAUAAACGCCACAUGAUUCUGUCCAAAAUGUUUCAUGAAAACACAAACAGUAGAUGAUGGAGGGGUUCUCCAGGUUCUGGUCCAGGUUCUGGUCCAGGUUCUGGUCCAGGUUCUGGUCCAGGUUCUGGUCCAGGUUCUGGUCCAGGUUUGGUCCAAACCAGAACCAAUCAGAAAUGUCUGCUCCAUGUUUUCACACAGAAUAAAUCUGUGGAUCAUCUGGAUCCAGGAGACUGACCUCUGACCUCUGGAGGACAUGAGCAGCUCGGCUCAGAGGAAGCAGCGGCCCGCUGGAAGCUCUUUGGUCUCCAGAACCAGAACCAAGACCGGCAGAGCGGCCAGCAGUCGGACCCGCAGGGCAGCCGGCGCCGGAGACCCCGCCCCCCCCACGGAGCCCAUCGACGUGAUGGACGGCGCCGAGGACGGUGUGGAGGAGGUGGUGGACCUCACCUGCGAGGGAUCAGAGUCCGCUGUGGUCGACCUGACGACCAACAACGAGUCUGUGCUGCUGGUGGAUGAAGGGCCUCCAGGUGAGAGCUAUGUUCUCAGCAGUGAUGAAGAUGAAGAUGCGCCCACUGUCAUUCAAGCUGCCAUCAGCUCUACUGCACACACAUCCAGGUUGACUCCAGGUCUCAUCAGCUGUCCCAUCUGUCUGGACUUGUACUCCGAGAUUGUAGAGAGCGGGCGAUUGGUCGUUUCCACUAAGUGUGGCCACGUGUUCUGCAGCCAGUGUCUGAGGGACGCUCUGACAUCAUCACACACCUGCCCCACCUGCAGAAAGCGGCUCACCUCACGCCAGUACCACCCUCUUUACAUCUGACACCUGGUGACAUCAUCCGCGGACUGAGCUGCUAUUGGCUGUCCUCAGUGACGCCAUCAUCAACAUUAAUCAGCUGCGGUUAGGUUUAAAUAUGGCGGAUUGAAUGAUGAUUUCCUAUUAAAUAAAUAUUAUGGAGUAACAACGGCUGCUUGAGUGAUUGGUCAGAUCACAUCAGGUCCCGCCCAUCAGCUUUCCAUUGGUUUGGUUUCUAAAAUUCAUUCUUAUAAAAUAAGCAGUACCGCAGACUGUCCAGCAGGGGGCGUGGUGUGCUCCGGUGAGUCCUGCUGCUGAUGUUUGAAGGUUCUGGUUCUGGUUCAGUCAUUUUAUCUGUAAUUUUAACUUUUAUCUGUCAGCUUUUUGAAUAAAAUUUGUUCUCAAAUUAUUUAAUUUCCUCCAAAGUUUAUUUUUACUUGCUAUUUGGACCCUGGGAGCAGCAGAACCAAUCAGCUCCAUAAAUCUGGAAUUACCUCGUCACAACAGAACCAGUCUGAUGGAAACGACUGUUCUGUUCAGAAAAAGUUUCUACCUGCCUCCCUAAACAUUUCUGAAGGCGUUCCUCAGGGUUCAGUCGUUGGGCCUCUGCUGUUUAAUCAUUUAUAUGAUUAUCAUUUCUAUGCUGACGACGCCGUUCUGUCUGCAUUCAACGCGACUUUAUUUCAAUUCUAAAGUCACUCAGGUGUUAAAUCAGAACUAUGUUUACUCUGCGGUACAGAAAUCAAAAUUGAAGCUUUUUUUUAGAAUCAAAUCCAGUUUAUCUUUCAAAGCAAAAUAAAAUCUCUUGGUUAUUGCUGAUCAGCUGAAGGUUGACGACCUGAAAACUUGUUCCGGAUCAGAUCUGGAUCUUCAGUUUUCCUGCUGAGUCAUGAUCCAUCCCGUGACGCUGACUCAUCACCUCACCACUUCCUGCUUUGGGAGAUAAAACUUUAUUAACAUUGAGAAACAAACAGCAAACCAGAAGCUUCUGGAUCCUCCACAGAACCCUGAGCCAGAAUGUGGUUCUGGUCGGACCGGUUCUGUUCUGUGGUGACGGUGGAUCACCUGAACGAUUCCUAAAAUAAACACAAACAUACGACAAAGAUGACUGAAGUCACUGACAUGUUUGAUUUUAUUGUUUUAUUUCUGAUCUGUUUGCUUCAUUGUUUUGCUUAUAACACGGAUUUUGCCAAAACAUUCAUGACAAUAAAUAAAUGAAAACAUGUCGGUUUGGGAGUAUAUUAUAUUUCUGCUGUAACUUCAUUUAAUACGUCAAUGUUUUCCAUUAAAUCUCUUUUUUUGUCUU